CUCGUCAGCUGUGCGACAGACAGCGGCUCUGACCCAUUUUACUGUCCCGUCGAAGCGGAACCGGUCAGCCAGCUACACACCGGACCGGAUCGGACCGGGAGUCCCGCUCCUCUGUCCGGGUUGAAGUCGCGGUAAAAAGCUCCGGACGCGCCGCGUUCCUGGAGAUGCCAGCAGCUGUUAGCCUCAAGGUGCCUUCACGCGGGUGAUCCCGGAUUAAACAGAAGCGGAGACGUGGUGUCCCGGCAGAGCUUCAUCCACCUGCCGUCGGAGGAGGACCAGGACCGUCCCAGAGACUCUGCUGGAGCUGCUCAGGGAGAAGACCUGUAGACCAGUCUGUCAUCAGCCCAGGUGACGGAGCACACCUCAAACCGGACCUGAAACCGGACUGAGUCCUCCUCCUGUUCUGGAUUACAUCUGCCUGCAGCUCUGAUUGGAACACCUGGGAGUCAGACCAGGACCUGAUCAGGAUCAGUUUCAUGCCGGAGCUGCUGAGCCUCUGUAGGCGGCCAUGUUGGAUCUCCUCUUCAAACCGCUGGUGUUGACCCGUCUUCACCCGUCACCCCACAGCAGCUCACUGCCAACCUAACCCCCCUCGUCUCUGCGUCCACCAGCUGACCAGGAGACGGCAGGUCCUGCGUUUUGCUGGAACAUGUCCUAUGCACAUCACAAGCUGCUCACCUGGAGCUUACCUCACCUGCUCCUCCUCCCACUCACCUACCUCUGGGUCCUGGCUCCGCCGACAGGUGUGGCCGCAGGUCUGUGCUGGGUCACCGGUGGCGUGCUGGGGAUCCACUGGAGCAGCACUAUCAGCCUGGGCUGGUAUCCGCUGGGGGCCGGGAGGGGCGGGGCCACGUGCUGGGAGUCGUGCUGCCUGGAGCCGAGCUGCCAGGCCGUGUGGAGCCUCGGAGGUCGCUGCGUUCUCCUCAGCUGCUCCAAGAAAGAUGGCUGCCCCAUCUCCUUCUUACCACAGCCUCACGAGGCGUCGCUGGGCCUCCUGCAGCUGCUCACCAAGGGUCCAGUCAGGAUGAAGCGAAGGAAUCCUCGCCACGCUGCGCACGCAGGAAACCUCACCCACACGGGAAGCUCCAAACUGAAGCUGGUUCAUCCAGUUCCCACAGCUCCCAGCACCCUCCCUCUCCUCCAGACAGCCCAGAGGAACCUCAGCCUGGUGACCAACAGAAGUUCUGCUGCGUCACCACAGAACUGGACUGUGGAUGGGACCGUUGAUCCAGCGGCGUCUUCCAACGACAGUGACGUCGGCAGCUCCCCCACUUCAGCUGCAGCCUCCGUCACCACUCCCCCUGCUCAGACACCUGCUGCAGUGAGGGAGCUGGUGGUGUCAGCGGGAGAGAGCGUGGAGGUGACGCUGCCCCUUAACAAGGUGGAGCUCAACGCCUACGUGGUCCCAACGCCCUCGCCAGGAACCAACUAUGCAUUCGACUGGAGACUGAUAACACAUCCCAAAGAUUACAGCGGAGAGAUGGAGGGGAAGAAGAGCCGGACUCUGAAGCUAAGCAAGCUGACUGUCGGCCUGUACGAGUUUGGUGUAACGGUGGACGGCGAGGACGCCCACGGAGAGGGUUACGUCAACGUCACCGUCAGACCAGAGCCGCGAGUAAACACGCCUCCAGUUGCCAUGGUUUCCCCAAAGAGCCAGGAAAUCUCCCUGCCGACCAGCUCCACAGUGAUCGACGGCAGCCAGAGCACCGAUGACGAUAAGGUGGUGGCGUGGCACUGGGAGGAGGUCAAAGGUCCGCUGAGGGAGGAGAAGGUCUCUGCCGACACCCCCGUCCUCACCCUCACCAGCCUGGUACCCGGAAACUACACCUUCAGUUUGACGGUGACCGACUCGGACGGCGCCACCAACUCGACUGAGGCCACGCUCUCCGUCAACAAAGCCAAGGAUUACCCGCCCUUAGCCAACGCCGGCCCGAACCAGGUCAUCCAGCUGCCGCGUAACUCCAUCUCUCUGUUAGGCAACAUGAGCACGGAUGACCACGACUCGCUGUCCUACGAGUGGUCGCUCAGCCCGGAGAGCAAAGCCAAGGUGGUGGACAUGCAGGGUGUGCGCACGCCCAUCCUGCAGCUGUCGGCCAUGCAGGCGGGAGACUACACCUUCCAGCUGACUGUGAUGGACUCUGCGGGUCAGCAAGACACGUCGCAGGUCACCGUCAUCGUGCAGCCAGAGAACAACAAGCCACCGGUGGCAGACGCCGGGCCGGAUAAGGAGCUGACGCUGCCCGUGGACAGAACUACGCUGAACGCCAGUAAGAGCAGUGACGACCAGAAGAUAUCCACCUACCACUGGACCAAGACCAGCGGUCCCGAUGGUGUGAAGAUAGAGAACGCAGACAGUGCCGUUGCCACGGUGACAGGUCUGGAGGUGGGAACGUACAUGUUCACUCUGAUGGUGACUGAUGAGAGGAAGCUGGAGAACAGCGACACGGUGACGGUCAUCGUCAGGGAAGAGAAGGACCAGUCUCCUGUUGCUGAGGUCGUGUCGAGUCCGCCGGUCUGUCUGCCGGUCCGGACCGCCACUCUGGACGGGUCGCGCUCCUCUGAUGAUAAGGGUGGAAUCAGCUUCCUGUGGACCCGGGAGGACAGCAGCCCUGCAGCCGGGGAUGUUCUGAACAACUCGGACCACCAGGCGGUGCUGUUUCUGGGCAACCUGGUGGAGGGGAAGUACAGCUUCCUGCUGACGGUCACAGACAGCAAAGGACAGAGCAGCUCCGCCAGGGGGACGGUGGAGGUCCGGGCAGACCUGUGGGAGCGUGACCUGGUGGAACUGGUUCUGGAGGUCUCCGUGUCCCAGGUCCUACAGCGGCAGCGCGACAUGCUGCUCCGUCAGGUCGGAGUCCUACUGGGCGUGCUCGACAGUGACAUCAUCGUCAGGGAGAUCGGUGCAUUCAACGAGCACAGCACCCGUCUGGUCUUCCUGGUGUCGGGCGGUCCAGGACGCCCUCCUCUAUCUGGACGGAGCGUCGCUCUCAGUCUGAGGAACAAACUACGGAAACAGAAGAACGACUUUCUGAUCUUUAAAGCCCGACGAGUCGACACAGUUGUCUGCCAGCUGAACUGCUCCGGCCACGGCGACUGUGACCCGUUCACCCGGCGCUGCGUUUGUCAUCCGUUCUGGAUGGAGAACUUCCUCAGAGCUCAGCUCGGAGACGCCGAGAGCAACUGUGAGUGGAGCGUCCUCUAUGUGACUAUAGCAUCCUUCAUGAUCGUUGUUGCUACGGCAACGCUUGUCUGGUUGAUGGUGUGCUGCUGCAAAAGGCGAAAGGGCAAAGUUCGCCGAAGCAAAAGUCGCUAUAAGAUGCUCGAAGCUGAUGAACAGGACAGUCUGGAGCUUCAGCCACCGAGAGCCGCCCGUCUGAAGCCAGUUCCUGCUCCCACCUCCUCGGCGCUCAUGCACUCGGACUCUGACCUGGACAGUGAUGAGGGACAUGGCGGCGUCCCGUGGACGGAACAGGAGCGAGGACACCUGCUGCGGCCCCAGAACGGCUCCCUGAGGAACGGCCAGGGGCCCCUGAGGAAGAAACAACGAGAGGAGCUGUUAUAACGAGAGGAGGAAGGAGACGGCUCCUCACUCCUCCUCCUCUCCUGUUGAUCUGUGAAGACGCUGGAGAAGCGGUACUGUCGUCUGGGUCUCCUGCUCCCAACCUGAGCCUCCCUUCCCCGAGCCUGCCUAGAAGAAGCCCCCCUCUUCUGACAGAAGCUCACACUGGUUACAGACUGAGAGACAGUUUAUUUCCUGCUGUGAUGACACGACGACCACUGAGCAUGCUCAGAAACACACCUGUAGACACGCACACGCACGUCGCUGUUUCAACCUGAGCUACCAAACACUGCCAUGUUGGACCCGACUGGUUAACCGAUGGUUGACCCGUCUGAAGGGAGCCGCCUCCACCUGCAUGAAGAGCAACCGCAUGUUUGUGUGUCAGGUGUGUGCGGUACCACAUCACUGGACCGCUGCGUUAACGAUGAUGGAGAUUAACGCUACGACUGCUGAAGUUUUUGUAGUCUUUAUGAUUUCAUGUUGAUGCACUUUUGCUUGAAUGUUAGGUCCUGGUUCUUGUCCUAGUUUUGGUUCUUGUCCUGGUUCUUGUCCUAGUUCUUGUCCUGGUCCUGGUUCUGGUUCUGUUGUUUAAGAAAAGGGAGACGUGAUGGUUAAAGCUGAGUCGCCAGAAAAGCAGUUUCAGUCAGAAACAAGGAAGCUGUACGGAACUGGAAAAGUGACUUUAGUUUAUUUUUCUACCAUAAUAAAACGUAACAAACCGAGAAAAGAAGACGGGAAAAAACAGGAAAUUAACACGGAUCUCUAAGCUUAAAAAUGCGUACAGGUAAAAAUCAAAUCUGAAAGUACGGAUUCAUUUUACAGGUCGCUUUUACAGAACAUGAACACAGCCGUCGUAGCUUCCGAAAGGUGAGCCAGUACAUGGAAAAAUAAAACAUUAAAGAAUCUUCAGCAGAAUGAAUGUUUUUUCCAUCUUUGAGUUUCCGGUACCUGACUCACCUUUCGGGAGCUGUGACGGUCCUGCUGGCUUUGGUCCGACUCGUAGCCGUACUUUUCCACACCAUGGAAAGUUGGUUGUAGACAAUCUCGGCCCUCCAUGAUUGGUUAAGGGUUAGAGAACUUUUAUCCACCUUUAUGGGCCAUGACGGUUAAACUGUCUUUGGUCAGCUCUUUCUGUGAUUGGUUAGGGAUUAGAGGAAUCUGAUUGGUUCUUGAGUAGGUGUGUAAAAUGUGGGACAAAUGUUUUGAACUAACUUUGUUCAGGUUUGAUUUGUACCUGUACUCGUUAGUUACAAAUGUGGAGAAACAAGUUAGAAAACUUCUCUCCCUCUUCUGGCUGCGUAGAACCCAACACUUAUUUGUGGAUAAACUAAAAUGUUUUUUGUUUCAAGGAAAGAUUCUCGUUCCUCAACUCAGUUUCAGCCGCUGGAAUCAAUGACGCUGAUCAUUGACAGAUUCCUGAUUUUCAUCAUUAAAUUAAACUGUCCUGGUGGCAGACAUGUUUUCUUUUUUUUCUGAAAAAGUCGAAUCAUUUCAUUUCUGUGUUGGAGGUUAAAUUUGAGCCCUCAUUUAUGUUUAAAAUCAACAGGAAUAUCAAAGGAAACGUGAAUCUGUCCUUUAAACGGUUAAACUGACACAUUUAUGGAAGAACGAUGUUUCCAUAAACAGACCAGAAACAGGAAGGUGACGUUUGGACAUUUCCUCAGUAAACAAACAUGGCGGCAGGCUGACGUUUCCUGGAGACAAACGUAAACCAUCUGAGCGUCCCUGAACGCCUCGCCGUGACUGCAUGCCGAAUGUGAAGCAGACUUUCUCUGAAUGUGAAGAUUCGGUCUGAAAUCUGGAUCUCGCCUGUUUCUUCCUGCUGUUGUCAGACCUGUCGAGUCCACCUGGCCGUCCGCCACCGUCCGGUGUGACCAAAAUCAAGCGCACCCAAGUGCCGACUGUCAGACCGUCAAACACUUGAAGAAAAUUCUGUCAUGUUGUUCUUUUACAGGUAUAAAAUAUUUGGGUUUUUCUGUUUCCAGAGGUUUCUGUUGGGCCCGUCUGUCGGCCAUUUUUCUGUGUUACAUUUGGGAUUUGUAGGACUGACCCGGACUCCGCAGAGUUCACUGUGAAGGCUGAACGUGGGAGAAACUGAAGGCUUGAAUGUUUUUUCUGAAGGAUUUUGGUUCUUUCUGUGAUCAGAGCCGAUGAAACUGGAUCAUCUGUAAAUAACAAUAAAAUAUUUUGAUUUUGGA